CUUUUAAUCUUUGAUGUGUUGUGUUGUUACAAAAAUUGUUACAAAAAUAUUAUUAUCAACUUAAUAGACUUAAACAGGGAAUUAAAUCGCAGGAAUAUUUUUUUCGCAGUUGUCCGUCUAUACUUAAUUUGGUGAGAUCAAAUGAAGUCUAAGUUUUCAAAUGGAUAGGUUGAGCGAGUUGCGAGGCAAAGCGGGAGGGUCUCGGGACUCUACCUUGGACACUACGUCGCCUCCAAGUGAGGCUUUCAUGACAGCGAAUGAUAGCUCCAAAUACUUUUCUCUGUCAGAAGAUUCUGAAUUUGAUAUAUCUCCAAUCAAAGACGUUACUUUAGCUACCGCCGAUUCAGAAAGGACAAUAACUGAUGACCAGCUGAUAUCCAACUUGUCUCCUAUUGGGAAGAAAGCUGACUUGUUAGAUAGUUAUAAAAUCGGGAAGCAAAUUGAAGCUGCUAACAUUUUGUCAGGUGGCGUCGAUAUUUUCGACGAUAAUGACAAUUCAAAUGAGGGCAAUGAAUUGAUAAUUGAUGAUAAUGUAGAUGAAGAUAAGUCUAAUGAGUUAAUGUUGGUAGAUACAGCUGAGUUUAAAGGUGAUGAGGAGACCUUGGAGAAUGUCAGUGAAACUGAAACGCCAAGUAAGGAUACGGAAGUGGUGCUACAGAUAGAUGGUAAAAAUGUAGACGCUAUUGACAUUGGAAACGGGCUGUAUUUGUAUAGGAAAGAAGGGGAGGAGGAGUUGGCGGCAGUUCAGAUCAUUGAUGAUGAUCAACAACAGCCCAGCUUCAAAUUCCUCAAAGUGCGUGAAAACGCUGAAGGGAACCUGGAGGUCUAUGAAGAAAUACAAAUAGAGGUUCCCAAAGAAGUGCCUGCAAAAGAAGGGAAGACUAUUGAUAAAAAUAUUUCAAAAGUGCCUGUAAAGGGCAUGAACAAAGUAAUAAGUGAAUCAUCUAGCAAUGUAGUUGAAGAUGAGAAAGUUAAAACACCUCAGAAAGAAAUUGUAGCCAAACCUGUGAAAGAAAUUGAAACUGAUUCAUGCAAAGACUUGCAAUCUGAAUGUAAAGAAUUAAAUUUUAAUGGUAAAAUGAAGUUAAGUGAAGCCAGGAAAUCACCUGUUAUUGGGAGCUUCACACCAAUGACAUAUCAUUCAACACCUAAUAAAGAAGGCAAGCCAUUGACGAAAACUAUGGUGGAUCUUCAACUGCACCCCAAUAGGCAUUCUGAUAAUGUUAAGAAAACCAUUGAGGUACAUACUGAUAAUUCAAAGCAAAAAUCAUCAGAGAUGUCUUGCAAAAAUAUAAAAGAAGGCAAUGACAACAAAACACUCGAAAUUAAAUGUGAAGUGAAGGAAUCUCAAGGUAAAAAUAGUGCUUGUGAAGAAAAGGCUAAAGAAUCUGAUCUUACAACUGACACUAAGCAAACUGUUAAAGAAAUACCAAAGAGUGAUUCUGAUUUGAGAACAGAAAACACUGAAGUCAAUAAAAUAGAUGAUCCUAUACAUGAAUCCAAAGAAACUGAUAUAGCAGAAAAAGAUGAUGUAAAUAAAGAUGACAAAAAGGAACAAGAUAAAUCCUCUGAAAAUUUGCCUUCCCAAAGUAAUUUAGAAGCUAUCGAAGAUAAAAGUGAAACUUCUGAAUCAUCUGAAAUUAAAAAUGAUGAAGUCGCAAAUAUUGUGAGCAGUUCCACUAAAGAGGAAGUAGGCACAAGUUCGUGUGAUAGCAUAGAUUCAAAACAAGAACAGAAGAUAAAACAAAAUGAAAUACCCUUAAUAUCUACCACAGAAAAAGAAGUUAAAAUUGACGAAGUGUCUUCUUCUCAAGAAGCUCUGAUUCCCACUAUGGAUAAAACUAGCACUCCUGAAUGUACUGAUAGUAAAUCACUUAGUAGCAAUAACGAUAAAUCAAACUCUUUUGAACAACCAGAACAAACCAAAAAAGAAGAGGAAGCUAAAUCUGAAAGUAGUGAAGAAAAGAGAAAAAUUGAAUCAUGUGUCCAACCUGCUGUUUCAAACCCAGAGCAAAGUGUCUCAAAAGAUAACUCUGUUUCCCUACUUAAGAGUUCGACACAAUCUUUGGCCAAAAAUACAUCGGUACUCUCCAAUGUAAGUACGCAGCCGACAAUGUUGCCUAAAAUUUCAAAGGAGCCUUUAAUUUCAAAACCAAAAGAAGAAGCCAUUAGUAGUAAUCAAAAGACUGAUGUCAAUGACGUAAAACGCGAAUCGGCAAUCAGCGAGCCUAUAAAUAUGAUAACUGAAACAUUAGCUAAGAAAACUGAAGAAUGUAAACAAAAUCUUACAAAUGAAACAAAAUCUGAUUUACAAGCAAAUGAUAACACUGACAUAAAUAAAGAUGUUAAUCAUGUAGAAAUAAAGAAAGUGGCGACCUCUAGCACUGAUUUGGAUAAAAAAGAAAUUCCUAAAGUAAAUAAGCCGCCUUCACCAGUGAAACCUAUAAAUAAUAAUCAUGCUGCGGUACCAUUUGGCAAGUGGACAGAAGCCAAUAGGCAAGAAUUUCUAAAUAAAAUAAAAGAAUCAAAAGUCCCUACGAACCAUUCUAAUGGCAAACAAAUUAAGAACUCCAAUGAUUUAAACAGAAGGGACAUUUUAAAGAAAAUUGACAGCCAAAGAAGUAAUAUUGCCACAGCAAAAGCGCAAGAAUUAGCUAACAAUGCCAAACUAGGACAAGGAGUAAAGAAAGAAACACCUAUAUUCAUUAACAAAUCCUCUGUCAAUCAAGAUGUCAUUAUGUCUUUGAAAUCAGAAACGGAAGUUAAAUUAAAGCCAGAUAUCAGCAAAAACUCAACGAAGCAAGAAAUUGUAUCCAAACCUGUUGAAGAACAUACAACAGAUAACGAUUCAACCACUAAUACUGUAAAAAAAGAAUCAAGGACUGAAAUAAAUAACCAGGAUUUGAUCGAUAAAACGAUUGAUGAUAUUAUUGGCAGGUCUCUUCCAGCAAAGGGCCAGGAAGAUACAAAUCAGAACGUAUCUAACGUGUCAACUGCCAAGUCGAAAAUUGAUGAGAAGCCUCAAUUAAAAGAAAAACCUAAACAGAAUGAAGGGAAAACACAUGAACAAAAACCAUUACCCAUUCAAAGACUAAAACCCAAUGAGAAAUCCAAACCAUCAGAUAAACUUAAACGAACUGAAACAUCUAAACCAGUCGAUAAAGUAAACCCUAUUGAAAAACCAAAACUUAUUGCGACACACAGUACGUCGAAAUCUGGACCUAAUAAAACAUUACUAGAUAAUAUUGAAAUGGAAAUGAAUAAACUUCAUGGAAUUCCUUUUGUAGAAAGACCUCAACAUGAAUUACCGCAAGUGUGUCAAAGACCGCCUUUAAAAACUUACGGAAAAGUCGAAAGCGAUAAAUCGUUAACUAAACAUACCAAAGUUCCGAAGUUACUUCCUUUCCCUAAUAAAGGCCAGCAAAAAAUGAUUAAAGAAAGUCCAAUAGAUCUCGACUCUGAAGACGAAAUCAUAGAACAUGAGCCUAUAACAGGGGAUAUUGAUAUGAAUAAAAAAACAAUCUCUAGCAAGCCAUCAUCAUCGGUCCCGAUUUCCAUACCUACAACUUCCAAUUUAGAUGUAUCAAAGAAAGAUUCAAUUAUAACUGAAAACGAUUUUGACAAAUUUGCUAGAAGAAAUUCUAAAACUUACGAAAAUUGCUUAAAAGUUAACUUUGAUGGCACAGAAUCGCAUAAUGUUAUUCAAACGGUUGUAGAAAAAGAUAAUAUGAAAAUUGGAUUUAAACCUGUGGCAGUAACUGCUAAUAGUAAAAUCACUCAAAAACAAGAACUCGUCGACACUAAACCAGCAAAACUACAUAAUUCUAUGUUUAGUGGCAAUGAUCCAAAUAAAAACUAUACAUCUAAAUUUAAAUUGGCUUACCAAUCUGCAAUGACUGCUAAAAGGCAACUGGAACGUCCAAUCACUAUUAUUGAAGAUAAACCAGUAAAAGUAAUGUAUGUAGAUUCUAACAUGGAUUAUUAUCCAAGUACUCUUAAUGUUCAAGGCAAAGAGCUUGCGCCUAAAUCUAAAAAACCUACCCCAGAAACUGAAACAAAUGCUAUUAGUUCUUGCGAUUCUUUGGAUUCAGACAUGGGUACUCCUGAUGAUGUGAAGUCACCAGAUGAAGUCAAAUCAAAAACCAAACAUCAAAGGAAACAAGUUUUGACGCCAGUUGAAACUCCUGAUCUAGAGCUUAUUGAGCCAGAAGAUCUAGGAUUUACAUUAUCGCCUAAAAAGAAGCGACGAACAGAAGAUAAAGUUGAAAAGAGCCCAAAAGCCCUUGUGCCAAAGAAGUCAUAUUUGCUUGGGCGUAAUACUGUUGCAGAUAAUAAAGUUGCAAAAACAGGUGAUUUAUCUCAAAGUGCCUACAAAGAGCCAGUUAAAGUGGAAGAACCACCUAAAUCUCACAGCACCGCGUCAGCAAUAGACAGUUUAGUAAAAGCUGCUGCUCUGAUUGAGACUCAAUCUGAAAAUAUAUUGAAGAAGAUUGCCGAUACACCAAGUACUGACUCCCAACCUGUUACCCCCGUAAAAAGAGGACGUGGUCGUCCCCGAAAAUAUCCACUACCCGAAGGAGAAGCUGACAAAACCAAGGCUCCAAGUUCUCAAAAGAAACCGCGACUGAUAGACGCAAAAGUUAAGAAACCAGAGAUUUUUUCUGAUGAUGACAGUAGUGAAGAUGAAAUUAUUAAAGAAAAUUGGACAAUGGGAAAGAUAAAUGAAAACAUUGUGUGUCCGAUUUGCAGUAAAUUAUUUAGAUCUGAGAAUGUCGUGUUUAAACACGUGAAGCAUUGCACAGGUCCUUCUCCCAACAGAUCCGAAUCUGACAAGAGAAGUACAAGAGGGAGGUACUCGCAGGAAUCAGAAUCUACAGAUAGCAAGACGGCAGAUGAAACUGAUUCUGAAGUUCACAUUGAAAAACGCGUACCUAAGAAACGCAAAUUUAAAGAAAACUCUUCAAAGCCUGAGGUAGAAAAAGAUGAUAUAAUCGUCAUCGAAGAUACGCCUAUAAAAGAAAGGCGUGAAGUAAAAACGCAUGAGUCGAGGAAACUGGUUAAAAACAAAGUUCCUGAUAAGCUUAACAACCUGAUUUGCGAAAUUUGCGGGAAAACGUUCAGACAACUGUCCUACUUAGUAAGUCACAAAAUCCAACAUGGCAAAGAAGAACAAAAGAAGGCUGAACCUACUCAAGUCCAGAGUAGAUCCGUGUUCAGUUGUGACGUCUGCAAAAAGGAGUUCAGGAAACUACACCAUUUGGUGCAGCAUCGCAUAAUACAUAACCCUAAUGCAAUGCCCGCUAGGUUAUCAAGAAAAAGUUCUUUGGAACAAAAAGACAAUAAAGUUGAAAAGGACCAAGUAUCUAAACAAAGUGAUGACCCGAGCGCAGGUUUCCGUUGUGAACCUUGUGAUAAGUCCUUUAGGAAACUGCAUCAUCUAGUGGAACAUAGGGAAACUCACGAUGGGAUCAACAGACAAAAGAACACGCCGGUAGCACCAGCCAAUGAAAAACUGCCUCCUCCGCCGCAGUGCGACGUUUGCAAGAAGACGUUUAGAAAAUUGCACCAUCUGAUUGAACAUAAAGAGCAACAUUUGGAAACUAGUUCUGAAAAGUCUGAUGACAAGAGCGUCAAGAGUUCAUUAUCUACUAAAGAUAUUAUACAUGAAUGUUCUCUCUGUUACAUGGUGUUCCCUAAUGAACAUUCACUGACUAAGCACACAGUGAUAUGUCAGAGAAAAAAGAAACAAUCUGCUGCUAAAGCUUUGAAGCAAGCAGAAGAAAGUUUGAAAGCUGCAAAAGAAAAAGAUGAAAAUAUAUCUGAAGCUAUUAAAAAUGAUGAUAUAGACGCUAGUGAAGAUGUUGCUUUAGAAAAGGGAGAUACUCCUAUUUCUGAGCCUGAGCCUGAUAGGAAAUCAACUGAAACUAUAGUCCACAAUGCCCCUGAACAGAAAUCUCGAGUCACACCAGAAAAUGAUAAACCACAACCAAUAAUAGAAAAAGAAAGCGAAAAAGACGCAAUAACGAAAGAAUCUAAUCCUAAACCAGUAAAAGAAAUUAAGACAGAAAACACUUCCAAAGUUCCAUCAGAGCCUGAGAUUCCUGCAAAGAACCAAAAAACAGAUGAAAAAGAAACAGGAAAGACGCCUAAAAAGAAAACUCCAGCUAAAGAAAAGUCCGCCACUGUUACGAAACGACAGAAAUCCGUAAAUGCUCCGUUACCAGUUGUCGAAGAAUACAAACCAUUAGAGUCGAGUGACGACGAUGAUGUUAGAUACAUGUUGAAUCCAGACUUCAAAGUGGAAGAAACUGCUGAGGCGAAAAUGUUCAUGAAAGUAAAAGCUAACAAACGCAACUCAUUACAAAUCGAACGACCGAAUUCCAAAGAUCUAGUCAAGAGGCGGAUAUCGUUGCAACAUCCACCGAAAAUUCCCCGAUUGAAGCCAAAACCCGUUGAAACUAAAGCGGCGGCUACCACUACAAUUGCGCAAGUCAAAAAUGUGCUAAAACCUCAGUUAGACGCAGUGCCUUCCACUGAUUCUGAUGAUAGUGACGUGAAAUACUCUUUCCCAAAAACAGUGGUUGAAAAGCCUAAAACUGUAACUCAGGAAACUAAAGAUGUUAAGAAAGUCCAAAGGAAAUCGAUGGCAGACAAGAGGAAGUCUCUUAUUGGGAUAGCUAAGCGAAAAUCGAUAGGAAAAGUUAUAACAGCCAAGCAUAAAGUGAAACCUUCGCCUAUGAAGCCGGUCAAAAGACGAAUAGCAGAGAUCGAACACCGUUGCGAUUGCGGUCAGUUGUUCAGCAGCGCUGCGUUAUUAUCGCGUCACACGACUCUCGCGCAUACGCCGCCCAGAAUACGACGCAAACGAUCCCCUCCACCUGACAUAGACACCAAAACCAUCGUCAAAGCGGCUCCGAAAAAACCUCCCACGGAAAUACCCCGCCCGAGCGCAGACUCCAGAAAAUCUAGCACGAGAAGCGACACCUCCAGUAAGGAACGCAAAAACGACGCUAAAGAAACUAGAAAGUCUAUAAAAACAGAUGAAAGUAAAAAUUCUAGUUCUAAAACUAGGCGUUCGGCAGCGCAUCGCGGGGUUCCCGUGCCGGAGAAAAUGCGAAAACUCAUGGAGAAAAACAAAUAGUCAUUGUUUAUGGUUACAGAUUGAGGUCACGAAUUUUCAAAAAUUGAAAUUCGAUUUUGGAACACCAAAUAGUGACCGGACUGAAACGACAUCCCUAAAAUGCAUCGGGAUGGUAGGCUAAGGUAAGUUUAGGCGAAUCGCUAGAUAUAAUUUAGACGAGAUAGCAUCACAACGCUGUUUACAAAGCAACACGGACCACGUAUUAAAGAAAUAUUUUUACAACGGAUGAACCGACAUCAUAAAACAAUAUUUUUUAUCUGUAAAGCGUUGAUCUUGUCUAUAUGUGUAAAUUGGAACGUAACAUUAUAGAUUUGUUGUCAAUUUGUUGUAGUUUCUAAGUAAAUGCAUGAAUGAAAUAAUAAUUUAAAAUAUUAUAUUAGUUUUUAAGUGGUAAUAUUUUAGGCAUUAUUUUUUUUUCUUUACAGCGCAAAUGUAAGUGCUGUUUUUGAAACAAUAUUGUUCACCAUUUUGUAAUAGUUUGUCAUACAAUAUUUAGUUCGUAAUGUUACCGAGAAAUAAAAUAUUUAGUCAUAAAAUAUAUUCCAUGCAUCGUAGAACAAAUCUGUAUAUACAUACAUAUAAUCACGUCUCUAUCCACUAUUUGGCAGAUAGAGACAAAUCUGUUAUAGAAAAAUAAUUUAAUAGAAACUUCAGUUCUAUAAAAUUUAUAUUUUUAUUUUCAAAGAAAUCUAAUAAAUUGCCUAACAAAGUGGCCUAUACAAAGAAGAAAACUACCUUAUCCAAAUUUAUUUUAUUGUUAGUAAAUUUUUUCGUAGAAAAAUAUAUUUAUUUUAAAGAUCAAAAAUUUUCUUAAGAUUUUAUAAACAAAGCAAGUUUUAAUUUCUUUCGUCACAAAGAUUUUCAUUCAUGUACCGUAUACGACAGAGAAUAUGACCCACUGUCCCAUACAUGCCGAAACCGGUCUAUAGUCCCAUUGAGUUGUCCCAUCGUGGUGGAAACCAUAGAGAGUGGUAAGGUUUCUCUGCCGCAGGCUGUACAUUAUAGGAUGGCAUUUAAAUUCCCCCUUUUCACUUAAAAUCCCGAGAAUCCGUAUAUUUGUAAAAUUCUGAAAUUUCUAUUGAGAAUUUUGUAAAACAGUGCUCUCACAAUCUCCAAGAGAAAUAAACUAUACUCAUCUAUAUCAGACACGAGGCAUGGGAUAUAUUCUUAAUUUCCAAACAUAUCUUUAUCAUCAUUUCAGUAAUGUAUAAAGAACGGAAUUAAGAGCUUACAUUAAUAUAAUUUUUAUUUUGAUUUGGAAUAAUUCAAUGUAAUAUAAUUACGCUAAAUACGAGCUUCCCAAUAUGUGGAUUGUUUGUGCUUUGUAGUUUGUGUUAAAGAUAGCUAAAUUUACUGUCAGAUCAUCUGACGCACAAUGUUAAUUAAGGUAAACCUCAAUUUGGAUACAAUUAUGAUGAAUAUCAGACCAAAUUUACUUUUUAAUUACCUGAUAUUGAAACACAUGGAUUUAACGCGAAAUUUGUAGUUAAUACGAGUAUUAAUGGAAAGGCGCGAUAAAUUACAAAAUGUACAGAGCGACUUGUUUAACAUCAACAAAAUAACAAAGUAAAGCUGUUUUUCUUUUUUCAUAUAAAAAUAUAACAUAAAACUUAUAUACAAUAAAACUUACAUAUACGUGUUAUACUUGAUCAAGGUACAUUCGUCUACAUACAUAUAUAGAGUCACGUCUAUAUCUCUUGCGGGGUAGGCAGAGACAACAGUCUUGAAAAGACUGAUAGGCGACGUUCAGCUGUUUGGCUAGAACGUUAGAAUUGAGAUUCAAAUAAGUAGUGACAGGUUGAUAGCCCAUUCUUUAAGUCGCCUUUUACGACAUCCAUGGGAAACAGUUGUCUUAUUCUUUUUUUAUUGGUGACGAGAACCAGACAAACACACACAAAAACUUUGAUAAAAAUAAUUUAUAAUAAUGACAAAACUCUAGAACAAAUAUUGAUUAGACUUUGUCAUUCUAGACUUGUGAGUUUUUGAUGUUUUACAAUUACCCUGUAAUGCAUAACUAUUUAAUGGAGCGCGAAACGAUUUGGUCGUUUCACGGUGGUGGUUAUAAUAAAAAU